UCUCCUUUGUCCGAAUAAUAAACUUUAUCUCCGCACACACACUUGUUUUUAUCAAAAAUCACGAUACCAAAAGUACUGAUUACAGAUAAAUCGCACUUUUGGAAAAACAUCUGACAUGUAAUCCCAAAUAUUUUUGAGUGUUUGACGUAUAAUAAUGGAAAAACAGUUUUUUCCCUAUCCUUCGACUCGUCACCCUUCACCUCCAAUAUCUAGUAACGAGGGAGAUCGAACAAAUGGAUUUUCUGCAGUCGCAGGGGUCGGUGUAUUUUGUCUUAUCAUUUCAAUUUGCAUUCGGUUGUGUGCUGCAAUAAGAGCAUGUGAAAGGAUGAAGAUGGAACGUCGCAGACGACGAAUAGUGGUUGUUGCGGGCAGAACGACACCCGAAGAAAGACUGGCUCAUCGACACGAUCCACGAGAUGGAAGUUCAGAUGCGUAUAUAAAUUCAACGUUCAUCGAAGAUUUGGAAUCUACUGAUAGGGACGUGGGGAUAUUUCCGAGCGCGCCACCUCCUUACGCACCUCUGGAAGCACCUCCUAAAUACGAAGAUAUAAUAAAAGAAGAAGAAAAUAACAUGAGAAGCGUGUCAGUUCAGACUAGAAUUAACGUUCAUACGCCGACUACACCCGCUCAACCUCCACCCCCUUAUACAAUUUCGACAUAAUUAUUUUUUAUUCAAUCGUGACUAAAAAAAAACUUUAAUUUGUUUGAAAACUUCUAUUUUUAGUGCAUUUGUUGUAUCAAAUUUAGAUAAUUUUUGUUCUACGAUGUUUAAUAAUUGACAACAAUCAGUUUAACACGUCGACUGCCGCACUAUGUUUCAAAUUGUUUUAUAAAUAAUUGUUUAUCUAUUCAAAUUUGUGUCGUAACGACUCUAAUCGACAUUUUAUUAAAUAAAUUCGAUAACAGACCGGAAAAUUUUCAUUUUUCUUAUACAGAAAAUAACAGAAGAAGAAAUAUUACCGCUACGUAUCAAAUCCUUUCGUGUCUUACGCAUUUUCGUUAGAUAUAAAUCAAUUUUUUUAAAAAAUAAUAAUCAUUAUGUCAAGAACGUUUUAUUAAAUAAAUAUUUUUCAAUUAAAAA